UACUGUAAGUUUAUCAGUGAAGGAAGAUUUUGACUUUGGUUCCAUAUUGACCACAGCAAACAGAAACCAUGGCGGCUUCUCUGCAAUCCGCAAACCCUACAUUUUCCCGAACCCUAGCUUCACCGAGCAGAUCUUCCUUCGCACCCUUCCGAUCACCAUUUGUCAGAUUCGAUACCGCAUCGGCCUCGUUCAAUUACAAACCCCUCGUUUCUCGAGAGGCAUCAUCGGCGUUCGUCACUCGCUCCGCCGCCGAGCCGCAAGAAAGAAAGACCUUCCAUGGCCUCUGCUAUGUCGUCGGCGACAACAUCGACACUGACCAGAUCAUUCCCGCCGAGUUUCUCACCCUCGUCCCUUCCAACCCAGAAGAGUACGAGAAGCUCGGAUCCUACGCCCUAAUUGGAUUACCAGCUGCUUACAAGGAGCGAUUCGUGCAGCCGGGAGAGACGAAGACUAAAUAUUCAAUCAUCAUCGGCGGAGAGAACUUUGGAUGCGGUUCGUCUCGUGAACAUGCGCCGGUGUGUUUGGGAGCGGCGGGAGCAAAGGCAGUGGUGGCUCAAUCGUAUGCGAGGAUCUUUUUCAGGAACUCGGUGGCUACGGGAGAGAUUUACCCGCUGGAUUCGGAGGUUAGGGUUUGUGAUGAGUGUAAAACAGGGGAUGUUGCGACGGUGGAGUUGAGGGAAGGGGAUAGUAUUCUGAUCAAUCAUACGACGGGGAAAGAGUAUAAGCUGAAGCCGAUUGGUGACGCCGGACCUGUCAUUGACGCCGGAGGUAUAUUCGCUUACGCUAGGAAAGCAGGAAUGAUUCCAUCUGCAGCUGCCUGAUUUCGCAAUCUGGGUCAUGCAUGCCCAUGAGAGUUGUCUUAUCAGCUAAAAAUAUCUUCAAGGGUAAUCCUCAGCUUCACGUCCUCCAUCGUGUCGUCCAAUAAAAAGAACAAUAAGUAGAUGUAUGUUUUUCAAGAGUUUGUGAACCUAAUCUUAAGCUAUAUGAAUAUAUAUGACUAUCUGUUUAGUCUUCUAUUUCAGUUUAUUCUUUACAUUUGGGUGUUUCAAUGGUUUCUGAAACUUUGUUUUCUCUGGAAGUAUAAGCAGAAGGUUUUACAGA